AUGUUGAAUCACCACGGUCUUGCAACACCCUUUCCUGUAGAAUCCCGCAUGUACGACCCCCAAGGAAGUACUUCUACGGGAAGCGCCGGCUCUGCUUUAGGCAAGGCAGGCUUGUAUCACAAUGCUUCUAGUGCACUACAGCUGAACAUCUUAGAAUGGCAUCUUAUGUACCAAAGGUGUCAACAAGACUUCCUCGACCAUGCCCAACACGACCCCGUCGUCCAAGCUGCAGCAACUCUGAUUAACAUCAGUCUACCCUUCCAACGGACGCAAAGCCCGAGCAUGGGUUCCACGGGGUCGAUACCAGGCCCUUACCUGAGGCAACGAAACACUCUCGCUAAUACCAAGUUCACGAAGUUUGUCAAUGAUACCGAGAAUGCGAAGACGUUUCUCGUUGUCAAGAUCACCGACUGCUGCGAGCUGUAG